AUGCCAUACUACAAAGAGGAUCAUCGACGGGUGUACUCACCAGUACCUCCACCAUCAUUUCAUACGGGACGGUCCACGCGGACAAAGGCUUCCAGCGAUAUGUACACUUAUACAACUGAUACAAAUAUCACCGACGAGGAGUAUGGAGAUCGUGCUGGAUGUGGUACAUGGGCAAAAUAUGGCAUUUUUACUGCAAAUAUCGUUUUUAUGGUUGUCGGUGGACUAUUAUUGGCCAUGGGAAUAUGGCUGAGAACCGAUAGUCGAUUUAGAAAUUUUAUUAGUGAGAGAUACCGUCAAGCUGUGGAAAAUGCAUUUUGGGAAGCGCCAACACUUUUUGCAUUCUCCUACAUUAUCAUUGUGAUGGGCGCAGUUAUGAUAGUGGUGGCAAUGUUGGGAUGCUGUGGAAUUACUGGAAGGUCUCGUUUAUUCUUAGUCAUUUAUUCGAUGGUCGUUUUUUUGCUUUUUGUGGCGACAUUAAGCUGUGGAAUUUAUUUGUUGUAUAAAAAAGAUGGGUUGGACGUCGAAAUCUCUGACGCCCUGAACUACAUGGUCCAGCACUACUAUCAAGGACCCGGCGUGGUCCAGGAGGCUCUAGACAAACUACAAACUACAUUUCGAUGCUGUGGAAAUUCCGGUUGCUCAGAUUUUCGGAUGUUCCGGCAGGACAUUCCAAGAUCUUGUGAUAUUCGAUGUGAUGGGUGUCAUUUUAGAAUCAUGAUUGCUCUUCGAAUCGGAUUCUCGGUCACUUUGAUUGUAUUUUUUGCCGUCGUCCUUUGUCAACUUUUUGCCAUUUGUUUCUCACUGUAUUUCGUUUUUAUGCGACGAAAAGAGGUGAAAAUUAUUUACGUUGAAGAACCGCCUAGAAGACAUCAUCGGGACCGGUUGACUCGAGAUACACUAAGAGAUCAUGAUCUACCGUAUCAAUUGCAGCCUAAAAAACAAAGGAAGUAUCAGAAGUAUUGA